CGACUUUAAUUCGGCCUAAUGAAGAAGUGUUCCUCUUGUUUGCCGCAAAGUGGAAUUUCUUGUUUGUUUAUUAUUAUUGUUAUUAGUUCAUUUAUGUGUGUUGUUUUUCCAUAAAAUACAAUUCUACAUUUCAUUUCUUUUGCUCUUGCUCUCUCUCAACAAUUUUCAUGGCAUUUUUCUGAAUCUGUGCGGUAUUAUACUGUGUAUUACAAGAGAGUUGUCGAGAGAAAUUUGAUAAAAAUAAGAAGAGAAGAGAUAGAGAGAAUAAGAUCGUGGACACAGCAAGUCCAUUUCAUAACCAUCACACGAACACGAGUUACACCGAACUGAAGAAAGAGGAAAAAAAAUUAUGAAAAUGAAAAUGUGCUUGUAAAUGUGAUCCAUUAAGAGAGACAAAGGCAGUGUUUGUGCAUCUGGAAACAAAAAUAACAGUUUCGGAAUCGGAAGUGACGGAAAAUAAAUAUGUGCGCGUUCUAAAAGAAUUGGUGAAAAAUUGUAAAUAAAACCCAACAACAACAACGACAAAAUUACAAUAAGUUGGUGACAGCAGUACAAUCGCGUAUAAAUUGUAUGUGCGUUGCAGCAAUAGCAGAAAAUUGUUCUCGAAUAUAAGCAAAGAUAAAAAAGAAACGUUCAGAGAUGAUGUAUCGACCGAAUUUCUACGAAUCGACUUGCUUGCGGUGCAACGAGAUUGUCUAUCAAGUGGAUCGUGUUGGACCGUUAAAAGACUUUACCUUUUUCCAUUCCGGCUGCUUUAAGUGCGUUACCUGCGGCACAAAAUUAACACUCAAAACAUAUUACAAUAAUCAACACAAACAAGAAGACAAAGAGGUCUACUGCAGUUCACACGUACCAAAAAGUGGGCCCGGACAUUUGGACCAGACAUCGGUUGGUAUUCGUCAAGCAUUGAAUGCGCCCAAGUCAAAUAAACCAGUGAAUGAACAGAUUCGCGGUGGAUCCAGAGACAUCGACCUGCAACGUCAAAUCACACCAAAUGGCUAUCAUAACAAUAGGGAUAUUAGUUCACCAUCACAUAAUGACAGCGAUUAUAAGUACGGUCGCUUCGAUGCCAGUGCAUUACACAUCGCCCAUGCACUCAAACAAACGGAAAUCCAAAAAGCAUACAAUAAACGGCGUGAAAAGCCCAUCGAUUACUACCUGGAUCGCGAGGAGCAGGCCCGUUUGGAGAUGAAGCAUCGAAAAGAAGAGGAUGAUUUAUAUAGAAAAUUUGCACGCAAAAGGGAAGAUGAAGAGCGAAAAAUCACCAGCGAAUUGCAAGACGAAUGGGAACGUGAACUAGAACGAUUGGCACAUAAAUUUGAAAAAGAGCUGGCCACAUCACGCCGAAAUCGUGAAGACCAAAACAUUUUGACACUGCGACACGAACAGCAAAAAGAAGAUUUGGAAAAGAAUAUGACAUUGCGAAAAACGAAAAAGAAGGAAAGCCUCACGCGUAAGAUGCUCGAGCACGAACGAUCGGAAACGGCCGCGUUGGUUGAUCGACAAUCAAGUGAAAUGUUGGAAUUGAUUAGCGCUCGUCGCAGUGAAUUCAUGCAAAAUGAAAGCAUUUUCCUGGACGAUGAAUUUAAUGAGACAACACAACCGUUGAUGAGCUAUCCAAGUGUGGCGCCAGCACCACAACCGCCAGCCGUCAGCAAAUUCCAAAUCUACACCGAUCCAAUUGAAUUUGAAGAAGUCGAUCGAAUUGCAAUAUCAGUUGCCCAAGAGGAUCAAAAGACAUUCACCGAUUUGGUGCGACAAUUGGUCGGACGAUGCACAUCAGAUAUUGAGAAGGCUCGAACCAUUUUCCGUUGGAUAACCGUGAAAAAUCUUAACACAAUGCACUUUGAUGAUGAUUUAAGAGGCGACACACCAAUGGGCCUCUUGCGUGGCAUCAAAUUUGGCACAGAAAGUUACCACGUCUUAUUCAAGCGAUUGUGCAGUUAUGCCGGCUUACAUUGUGUGGUAAUCAAAGGAUAUUCGAAAAGUGCUGGCUAUCAGCCGGGCAUUAAAUUCCAUGAUUCACGCUUCCGAAACUCAUGGAAUGCCGUUUAUGUGGCUGGUGCAUGGCGUUUUGUGCAGUGCAAUUGGGGCGCACGUCAUUUGGUCAAUGCAAAAGAGGCACCGAAAUCGGGUCGCGGCAAAAAUGACAGUUUACGCUACGAAUACGAUGAUCAUUACUUCUUAACCGAUCCACGUGAAUUCAUCUACGAAUUCUAUCCACUGCAAAAAGAAUGGCAAUUACUCAAACGUCCAAUCACACUGACCGAAUUUGAAAAUUUACCAUUUGUUCGAUCGCUAUUCUUUCGCUAUGGUUUGCAUUUUGCUGACGAAGGCUAUGGCUCAGUUGUUUAUACCGAUGACACUGGUGCAGCCACCGUACAAAUUGCAAUGCCAAGUGAUAUGCAAGGCUGUCUGAUAUUCCACUACAAUUUGAAAUUCUAUGACAGUGACGAAGAUUCAUAUGACGCCGUUUCACUGAAGCGUUUUGUCAUGCAAUCGGUCAUUGGGAACAUUGUUACGUUCCGCGUGCACGCACCAUGCUCUGGUUCAUUCUUACUAGACAUUUUCGCAAAUGCAGUCACACCACAAGAAUACUUAACCGGCGAACCAAUGAAGUUCAAAUCCGUUUGUAAAUUCAAGAUUUGCUGUGAGGAGUUGCAAACGGUAAUGGUUCCGUUGCCAGACUGCGCCAGCGGUGAAUGGGGACCGACGAAAGCAACACGACUUUUCGGACUCAUUCCAAUCACACAUCAAGGUCCAUUGAUAUUUGCCGGUCGUAUAAUCGAAUUGCAAUUCCGAAUGUCACGACCAUUAACCGAUUUUAUGGCAACACUGCACAAAAAUGGAAUCGAAGAGAAAAAACUAUCGAAAUAUGUAACACACAAUGUGCUCGAUGACAUUGUUACAUUUAGCAUCAAUUUCCCCGAGGAAGGUCAAUAUGGACUGGACAUUUACACCCGCGAGGUUGGCAGUCAUUCUCAUCAAAAUAAUCAUUCAUCUAGUGAAAAGCACUUGUUAACGCAUUGUUGUAAAUACUUAAUCAAUUCAUCGAAACGCAACUGAGAGACAGUAAGAGACAGAGAACACCGUGCUCCCGUUUAUCAUCAUUUCACAUGCGUUUAUUUGUAUAGUAUAUAGUAAAAUUGUUUGUUUUUUUUUCUUUGUUUUUUUUUUGUUCUUUUUUUUUUGUACCAAUAAUAACCUAUCACAUAAUUCAUUUGAUUUGUAUGUAUUUAAAUUGCUUUACUUGACGUUAAUAUUAUGAAAGAAGAACAAAUGAAAGAAAGUAUUAAUCGGACGAAAAAAAUCGAAAUUAAUUAGAGAUGAAAAAAGUGAAAUCAUUGAUUUCAAAUCAAACCCGAGAAGAAUAAACAGCGAUGAGCGAAAUUAUGAAUUUUUCGGAAGGAAUAUUAGUGAAGACCCGUCAGUUUAUGUGCAAAUAAAAACAGAUUAGAAUAUAAUUAUGCGAGAAUCAAUAUCAAUUUACAAAGAGAAUAAAAGUUGAACGAGAUAAAAACAAAACAUGUUACGAUCAUCGUCAUGCGCUAGGUUAGUCACGUCUUAAUUCAUAGUUUAUUCACAAAUCACACCAAAUAGAGAAAAAAAAAACACAACAAUAGCAACAGCAUAAAUAGUUAAUCAAAGCACAUUAGCUUAACUUGAUCAUAUUUACAGCAACGAUCACAAACAGACACUAGUACAAACCUGAUGAAUUUCUUCUAAAUGACAAAUACAAGAUGCAAAAAAAAACACAAUUGAUACUGGUCAAACCAAACCGAGUUAUUUCAACAUCAAAGACAUUCCAUUCACAAUUUUUCAUUGCUAUGCCAAGCAAUAAAUAACAAACAAAAGAAUGGAACUUGAUCCAAUUCCAAGAAAUAUAACAAACACUGACAAUACAUUCCAAAGGGAUACAAAAAAAACACAAAUUAAAUGAUUUGAACAUUCGCAACAACGAGCUAAUUCUUCGUAGUCAACGCUAAAAUAUUAUUGAUAUUCAAAUACAAAAAUUUCCCUGCGAAAAUCAAUAACGGCUAAAAAACAACUUCAAACGAACAUUAAUACUAAACGCUAUAAAUGACCGUAGGUGUAUGCAAACGAAGGAAAUAAAAGCCUUUAAUCAAUGUGCAGAAGAGUCUCCUCCUCUGUUUAUUCUUUGUUUCACCCUAUCUACAAAUUAACUCCAUUCACAAUGACGUCGCAGUUAUUAUUAAUUCGAAACGAUUGAUUCUAUAUUUUUUUCCUUCACCUCUUUCUAUGUUAGAUCAUAGGAUUGAUUCAUUGUCAUCGUCGCCAAAACCACUGAACAGACGAUUCGAUAACGAAUCACACGCUAAUUCACCUAAAUUAAUAGUAUUGAAUUAUGCCGGAUUUGCAAUAAAAAAAAAACUACAUGUCAUAUAAAUCUAUUUAUUAAUGAUGAAAAAAACAAACAAAUAAAUUGCGAAAAUUAAACCAAAGCAAUUGAUUCGCAGUCCAGAAAAAGCCUCAUUCUGCAAUCGAAUCGAUUCGAGCGACGCAAUCGGAUAUUUGAUUCCAUCAAAUCCAUUCUUAUUUCACACUUACCUCGAAUGACAUUCGAUUCCAAUGAGAUAUUUGUUUCGUUUUUUUUUUGUCUCUUGCUAAUUUUUACUAAGUUUAUUCCAAAUACAUAUUAUAUUAUUUAACUCGAAAAUUUCGAAAAUAAAAACAAAACCACGCAAAACCGAUUAUAACGAUUUAUUAUCAAAUAAACCAAAUAUUAAUUUGCAUACGACAAAUUAUGUUCAACACA